AUGGGAGUUUGCCAUUCUUCAGCGUCCCUGGGGAAGGGAGAAGGGGAGGAGAACGUACGCUAUGUGGUAGACGAGGAUGGAUGGAUGUCGCCGAACGCGGUGAGGAGAAUGGCCUCUCUGUACUCUCGUCGAGGGAAGAAAGGUCCGAACCAGGAUUCUGCCAUCUUCUGCCAGGUAGGUCAUGUCGGUGGAACCGGAUCCUUACCCUGCGAACACCUCUGGAUAACUUUGACUGCUGCUUCCGUGAUCGAUCUUUCAAUCUUGCUGUCGGCCAGAACUCGAUUGUUCUCACCCAUCCAGCAAUGGUCGCCUCUCAAUCUUGUUUGAUUUGCCUGUGCUGCAUAUGGAUCUGUGUUUAUCCUCUUCGUCUCCGUACUGAUUCUUGUAUUAGAUGGCUCUGAGGAAGAUCGGGAGACGACCUGUAAACUCGCGGGAAUUCCUGAGCCCACUACGCAUCCAAGUCUAGGUUAGAUCCUGUAGUGUUCGCCAUUAAAGAAUUUUAGAAGAAGUCGACAAGGGAACAUGGAAGGUUGCAGAUGGUCCUCUGCGAAAUGGAAGUCAAGGAUGUAAUUCUCCGAUCGAUCUGGAUUAUUUCAGAACAUUUAUGGCCGACGUCGAACGGGACUUGGGAGAUUAGAGAGGGGAGCGUUAGCCUGAUCAGGUUCUGUUGACUGUUCCAUGCGAGAGAAGGGAUUCCCGCCAUCAUCUGUGGGAGAUUAACCGUUGACACGCUUCUCUCGAGGAAACUUCCCGUGUGAAAAUGGAGGACCUCGGGUAGAGUUCUGGCUGGAAGCAGGCUCUUAGGUGUUCUUCCUUUAUCCGGGAUUAACAGUAGCCGGAAAAAGUUUCCUAUCGUAUUCCUCCCAGUCAUUCAUUUCAGUGGGCAUCUAGCAUCUAUCUAUCUGGUCUCUUCCGUUUGAGUUCUCAUUCGUUUUUGAAAAAAAAAGUUGAAGCAAGGACGACGUUGAUUGAGCUAUGGACCUUUUUGCAGGGCUACGGGCUGGAAGACGGGGUGUUCUGCGGCGUGUUCGACGGCCAUGGCAGGAACGGCCACCGAGUGAGCAAGGUGGUCCGGGAUCGCCUUCCCUCCCUCCUGCUGAACCACAGGAAUGCCCUCCUCCUCUCCGACGAGGACUACGACAGCGAUGCCGAGAGCUCAGAGGACUUCGACGACAGCUCCAUAUCGUCGCCGGAGAUGUUCGACGAGUGGAAGGAGGCCUGCAUCAGCGCCUUCAAGGCCAUGGACAGGGAGCUCGGCAUGGACGCCGACCUGGAGUGCCGUUACAGCGGCACUACCGCCGUCACCAUAAUCAAGCAAGUUAGUGGGUUUCUUCCUCCUCUUAAACCCCACUUCAGGACCCGAAUUCUUCGAUUCCUCCAUUAACACCGGGUUUAUGAACUCAACAGGGCAAGGACCUGAUAAUCGCCAAUCUCGGGGAUUCGAGGGCAGUCCUGGGCACCCUCUCCGAGGAAGGUGACCUCUUGGUCGUCCCUCUCACCACCGAUUUGAAGCCCAGUCUCCCUCGUAAGCCCCUCUAAAUCUCCUCCGGUUAAGAGAUCGAAUCAUCCGCAGAACGGUGGAUCUAACGGUCGCUGAAUCGUUCCAGACGAGGCCGAGAGGAUCAAGAGGAACAACGGCAGGAUCUUCGCACUCAGGGACGAGCCCGACAUAGCGCGGGUGUGGCUCCCCGACGACGACUACCCGGGGCUCGCCAUGGCUCGAGCCUUCGGGGACUUCCAGCUGAAGAAGUACGGGGUCAUCUCCGUCCCGCAGGUCUCCUACCGCCGGCUCACCGCACGAGACCAGUUCAUCGUUCUCGCUACCGACGGGGUAGGUGCCUGGAGAGACCCACCAACUCGUACCGCGGUGACUCGCCCCAAAUGUGCCUCCAGCCACUAACACACCCCCCCAUGAUGUGACAGGUGUGGGACGUCCUGACGAACGAGGAGGUAGUGGCCAUAGUGCGGUCGGCGAAGACCAGGGAUGAGGCAUCCAAAGCGGUGGCGGAGGCUGCGGCGCGGGCUUGGAGGCAGAAGUUUCCCUCCUCCAGAGUAGACGACUGCUCCGCCGUCUGCCUGUUCCUGCAGGAUCGGGAUCAGGACUACAGUAUGGGGUCGUCGGACGGCAGAUGGGGAGCGUAG